AUGAAGGAAAAGGAGCAGCAGUCUUUCACCGACAAGAUGGAAAUUGAUGCUUCUGUCCAUCAACCGACAACAGAUGCUGCCACUGAUUUGGCAUCAACAGAGAAGACUGAUGGCAAGGAUGAGAGUCUCAAAGGCAAGGAUGUGCAACGAGAAAGUGAAUCAUCAGCCCAUGGGGCUGCUAGAACUGGAGAUGUGGUUACCGUAAUGGAGGCAGAAGGGUACGUUAGCCUGGAGGAAACUAAAGAAUAUAAGUGUAUUGUAGAUCAGACUUUUAUGAGGGAGGAAGAUUUCUAUGAGUUUUACAAUGAUUAUGCAUACCAUAAAGGGUUCAGUAUCAGAAAGGGCAGAGUUAGGUACAAGACAGGCACCAAAGAGGUGAUAUGGAGAAGACUCAUGUGCUCCUGUGAAGGAUAUAGAUCUGUUAAGUACUUUGAAAGGAUGGAUCAAAAAAGACAGCCGCGUGCCCUCACCCGUUGUGGAUGCACUGCUAGGCUUGAUGUGGAGUGGAGUGAAAUUAUUGGCACCUGGUAUGUGAAGGACUUUGUGGAUGUCCAUACACAUGCCCUUGCAAAACCAGAGCAUGUUUUUGUUUUGCGGUCUCAUCGAGGGCUUAAUGAUCCUCAGAAAGUGGAGGUAGUAGAACUGGGACUAGGUGGGCUGCGUCCAUUUCAGAUCAUGGAUGUAAUGGAGGCCAGCCACGGUGGUCCAUGGGAGACUGGAUUUCUUUCGCAGGACUUGUACAAUUUCUUUUCAAGGUACAAGAAGGGAAAGGUUGAAGGAAGCGAUGUAGAAUUUGUGUUGAAUCAUAUGCGUCAGAUGCAAGAGAAAGAUCCGGAGUUCUUUUUCACAUUUAGUGUGGAUGCACAAGGCAGGUUGAAGAACCUAUUUUGGUCGGAUGCACAGUCGCAGAUAGACUAUGGUGUUUUUGGAGACGUCGUUGUAUUCGACAGCACUUACCGAGUGAACCGGUACAAUCUUCCGUUUGUCCCUUUUAUAGGAGUUAACCAUCAUCGAAGCACAGUUGUCUUUGGCUGCGGUAUUUUAUCGGAUGAAACUAUCUUGUCAUAUGUGUGGCUCCUCGAGGCUUUACUGGAGGCAAUGCACCAGAAGCAUCCAAAAUCCUUAAUUACUGAUGGGGACGCAGCGAUGAUGAGAGCUAUUGAGAUUGUCAUGCCUGAUGCAGAUCACAGAUUGUGCAGUUGGCACAUAGAGCAGAACAUGCUGAAACGGUUCCGUGGUUUGAAGCUCAAGGAUUUCAGGAAGUUCAUAUACCAUGCAAUGGAGGAGGGUGAAUUUGAUAGGCUUUGGAGAGAGUUUAGAGGUACCCAUAAUAUCAAAGAAGAUAACCUAUGGGUGGAGGAAGAUGAAUUCGAAGAGCUCUCAAGUUCCUCUCAGGUGGGCUGCAUUGUUGUUGCACUGUGGUUAAAUGCUGAAUGGCAGGAUACAACAGCUGCGUUUUUGCCUAUGGACAGGUCUUCAUCAAAUUCAUUUAUAAUAUCUGCUUCACUGAAGUGCUUUGGCUGA